AUGUCGUUAACAGCUUCUUUCAAUGAUACCUUCAAGGUGUCUGAUAAUGUUGCGGUAAUAAUUCCAGAAACUGGUGUAGAAGUGACUUACUGUGACCUCUCACAUCAGGUGGGACAUUUCCAAACUCUAUUCCACGACCCCAGAUCCCCAUUAUAUGAUAUUGUAUUGAGACAGAGCACUGUUGCCAUUUCUAUGCGUAAUGGGUUAGAGUUUGUAGUGGCCUUCCUUGGUGCCACUAUGGAUUCAAAGAUAGGCGCACCUUUGAAUCCAAACUACAAAUCAGAAGAAUUUGAUUUUUACCUGAACGAUCUGAAAUCGAAGGUUAUUGUAGUUUCUAAAGGCACGGUCAAACAAGAGAAGCAGGCAGAAGUAAUUAAAUCAGCAAAAAAAUUCAAUUGUUUUGUUGUCGAAUUGGAAUUUGAUGUCAAGAGAUUUAGAGUGGAAUACGAAGUUUACUCUCCAGCCAACGGAUAUUCCAAGGGUAUUUUUUCGUCGCUAGACAAUGCCAAAUUUGUCAACCAUGAUUCAACCAGUUUUCCUGGCUAUGCACGUUCAAGUGAUGUUGCGAUGAUUCUACAUACCAGUGGUACAACUUCAAAACCAAAGACUGUUCCAUUGUUGCAUUUGAACAUAGUGAGAAGCACUUAUAAUAUAUCACGUACAUACAAGUUGUCUGAAAAUGAUCGCGCCUAUGUGGUCAUGCCAUUAUUUCAUGUUCACGGUCUGAUUGGUGUUUUACUUUCAACCUUCAGAACGCAAGGCUCAGUCGUUAUCCCACCUAGAUUCAGUGCAACAAAUUUUUGGGAUGAUUUCGUCAAAUACACGUGUAACUGGUUUAGUUGUGUGCCUACUAUAAGCAUGAUCAUGCUAAAUAUGCCAAAACCAGCAAAUAUGCCGUACAUUAGGUUCAUCAGAUCGUGCUCCUCGGCCUUAGCACCAGCCACUUUCCAUAAGUUGGAAACUGAAUUCAAUGCACCCGUGUUGGAAGCCUACGCAAUGACAGAAGCAUCGCAUCAAAUGACUUCCAAUAACUUACCACCCGGUAAAAGGAAGCCAGGAACAGUGGGCCAACCCCAAGGUGUCGCUGUGUACAUUCUUGAUGACAGCGAUAAAGUUUUGCCUGUCGGUAAUAUUGGUGAAGUAUCCAUUAGAGGCGAAAACGUAACUUUGGGCUACGCAAAUAAUCCAAAGGCUAACGAAGAAAACUUCACCAAAAGAGAAAACUACUUUCGUACGGGGGACCAAGGAUACUUCGAUCCCGAGGGCUUCCUUGUCUUGACUGGUAGAAUCAAGGAACUGAUUAAUAGAGGCGGUGAAAAGAUCUCGCCGAUCGAACUUGACGGAGUUAUGUUAUCUCAUCCAAAGGUUGACGAGGCUGUCGCUUUCGGCGUCGCCGAUGACAAAUAUGGCCAGGUAGUGCAGGCUGCUGUCGUUCUCAAGAAAGGACAAAAUUUGACCAGCAAAGAUCUCACCAAGUAUAUGGAGACCAAAGUUGCGCAAUUCAAGAUUCCGGUCAAGAUUUACUUCGCAGACAAGCUACCAAAGACGGCUACAGGUAAGAUUCAACGAAGAAUCAUUGCAGCGGCCUUCACCAAGAGAAACAGUAAAUUAUAA